GUACUGAAAUGUCUUGAUUCCUUCUUAGUCCUUGGCUCUUUAGUUCUGAUUCUACUUCUUGACUGUGACUCUGGAUGGGUCACUUGAUUUCUGUGAGCCUGAUUCCCUUAUUUGGAGAAAGGGUAAAAUGAUAUCUGCUGUCCUACCUUUUAUAGGGCUGCUUUGAGGCCUAAAUAUGAGGAUUGAUGAUGCUGACAAUAAGAAAAAAUCAGCUAACUGCUGUGUAAUGCAUAUCAUCUGGUAGGCACAGUUUUAAGUAUAGUUGGUUAAGCAUCUGACUCUUGAUCUCAGCUCAGGUCUUGAUCUCAGGGUCUAGAGUUCAAGCCCCGUGUUGGGCUCCACACUGGGCAUGGAGCCUACUUUAAAAAAAAGUAUUUUAUAUAUGUUCAUUUAGUUCUCAUAACAGUCCUGCAAGGUAUAAGAAUUGUUACUAUUGCCACUUUGUAGAUGCAAAAUCUGAGGCACAGAGAGGUGAAGUAACUUCCUCAGGGUCAUACAGGGUGACUGAACCAGAAUUUAGUACCAGGCAGUGUAGCCCUAGAGUUGGUAGUAUGUGUGGAAGAUAGUGUGCUUUGACCCUUGUAAAGGGCUGUGCUAAUGUUAAACAUUAAUACUUUAAAAAAUUGUUUAAAAAGAGAGAUGUGUUCCUCAUCCUUGUUAUACAGAUAGAGAAAAAAGACAAAAACAAGCAAGAAAAAAGUCUUUAUGAUUUAUGAUUUUUAACAAUUAACUGAGCUCACAAAUUUGGAAGAAUAUUAGAAAUUAUGGAGAGAUAAAUGACUGAAUGAGGCUAAUACAUUUGAUUUUUAAUUUAACCUUUCCAGGCUAGGAUGAGAAAGAGACAUUGAGUGCUUUUCUUUUCCUACUGAAUGUUUUAACUUAAUGACUGGAAAACAAAGUGAAAUACCUGUGUUAUUUUCUGGGAUUUUGACGUUUGUGCAGAAAAGUUUUAUCUCGUUACACUGCCAGGGAGUGACUAGUUAAUAGUAAUAAUUAGUUUUGCUUUGUCUAGGAUUACACAAAAAAAGGCAAACCUUUAGAUAGUCUGAAGAAUGAAUAUGUGACUUUAUGGUUUUAAUGCUGAAUUCAGAUUUGCAUGAUGGGAUGAGAAAAUCGUAUGUGAGGUCAUUUGUGAAGGAAUGAAUUCCCUAUAUGUUUUUCUGUUUGUCCAGCUCAAAGUGUUUUUGAGAAACCAUUUAUUGCGUAAUAGGUCAACUGCCUUUUUUUAGUGUUUCUGACCUUGUAUUUCAAUUUGGAAUGGACGUAUUUGUUUCUAAAAGGAAAUGCAGUUUCAGAGUUGUGCACUUUGAGUUCUAAUGAUGUGACCAAUUUUCAGUUUAGUAUGACAUUUUCUCAGCUACACUUAACUAUAAAUAACUUCCCCUUUAGGCUACUUAUGAAUCCGUAUAAGUUUUAAUUUUAGCUCUUGUCUUCAGAGUUUGAGUCAGAUUUAGAAGUUCUGAGAAAUUCUUUUAAGGGGCUGCUGAGGGUUUUGGGAUUGGCACUGGGACUCAAGGUGCCUCUUACUCCAUUUUUACCCCGUUCUCUGGACACACGCUAGUAUUGGCUAGAAUAUUUUGGUUUUUACUUGUCCAUUUAUUUAUAUUUCCAGAUAAGUGCUUUGAAGAAACACUACUCUGCAGAAAAAAAAGUACGUAAGGCAUUUCCUUUAUAGCCUGGUUUUUCACACUUGCUGGGGCAUUACCACAUAAUAUGUCCUGACUUUUGGGAAAUAUAGUUGACAGACCUGAAAACAAAAUAAUGAAAUUAAAAUGUCCCCAAGGUCACGUGUACCUUAGAACCUUGGGAUUUUCCAGACAGAGUGCCAACAUGCGCCAGCUGUCCCAGAGCUCAAAUCCCCUUUGUUUCUCGGAAGAAUACAAAAUGUAUUCUCUCAUCUGUAUCCAUCAGAUGCCAUGAUGAGAAGAUCAUUUAUGCUGUAUCUUUUUAUACUAUAGAUCAGUUAAGAAAUUUAGGGUUCUGGUGUAGCAUUUCAAAAAAUAAUUAUAAGCUAUAAAUUAAUUUGGUUUUGGUAGUUGUUUUUCUAUUUUGGGGAUCCUGCAAAUAUUCUGACAAUAAGUCUUUUGUGUGCCAAUGUUUUAUACACACUGCAGGCUUUUUAUUAUUUUUUUUUAAUAAAAUUUUGAACAGAAUGACUGAUAGAACAUGAACAGUGCUUAUGACACUAUGGUCCAUUGUGUAAGCACUGAAAGCAAAUUUGCGUUCCUCGAAAAGCUUGUUCACAGGCAGAAUAUAGAACACAUUAUUUAAUGUUCUUGGGCAAACAUGUUAUGCGUGUGCUCAGGACAUUAGUUUCAAGAGAAUACUUUUUAAAAAGGACCUUUUCUUUCCAUGGGCUACUGAAGAAAAGUUAAAUUGGCAGUAGGAGGGAGUGAAGCGAUUUAAAUAAGGCAAGUGGUUUAGAUUUUAUUGUAAUGACUAUGGUCAGUAGUACCUGGAAGCAAAAGACAUGCAACCUCUCCCAGAUCCUCUGGAGGCGUUUGUUUACUAGGAUACACGAAAAGAUAGUGCUUCCACUUCUCAUUCAGAGAAUUCAGUGCAUACAAAAUCAGCUUCUGUUGUAUCAUCGGAUUCCAUUUCAACUUCUGCAGAAAACUUUUCUCCUGAUUUGAGGGUCCUGAGGGAAUCUAACAAAUUAGCAGAAAUGGAAGAACCACCCUUGCUUCCAGGAGAAAAUAUUAAAGACAUGGGAUACCUGUCACUGGGGCACAACUCACAUGCUGAUGUUCCUGGAACAUGUUUUCCAUGUUCGAUGUUUCGAUGUUUUCUGAUCCUCCAGCUGGAUGGAUUUCCCCUUCAGUGUAUUACUCAGACCAAAGAUGUGACUUAUAUAUGUCCAUUCACUGGUGCUGUACGAGGAACUCUGACUGUCACGAAUUACAGGUUAUAUUUUAAAAGCAUGGAACGGGAUCCCCCAUUUGUUUUAGAUGCCUCUCUUGGUGUGAUAAGUAGAGUAGAAAAAAUUGGUGGUGCUUCUAGUCGAGGUGAAAAUUCUUAUGGACUAGAGACUGUGUGUAAGGAUAUUCGGAACUUACGGUUCGCUCAUAAACCUGAAGGGCGGACAAGAAGAUCCAUAUUUGAGAAUCUAAUGAAAUAUGCAUUUCCUGUCUCUAAUAACCUGCCUCUUUUUGCUUUUGAAUACAAAGAAGUAUUCCCUGAAAAUGGGUGGAAGCUAUAUGACUCUCUUUUAGAGUAUAGAAGGCAGGGAAUUCCGAAUGAAAGCUGGAGAAUAACAAAGAUAAAUGAGAGGUAUGAGCUUUGCGAUACAUAUCCGGCCCUAUUGGUUGUGCCAGCAAAUAUUCCUGAUGAAGAAUUAAAGAGGGUGGCAUCCUUCAGAUCAAGGGGCCGUAUCCCAGUUUUAUCAUGGAUUCAUCCUGAGAGUCAAGCCACAAUCACUCGAUGUAGCCAGCCCAUGGUAGGAGUGAGUGGAAAGCGAAGCAAAGAAGACGAAAAAUACCUUCAAGCUAUCAUGGAUUCCAAUGCUCAGUCUCAUAAAAUCUUUAUAUUUGAUGCCCGGCCAAGUGUCAAUGCUGUUGCCAAUAAGGCAAAGGGUGGAGGUUAUGAAAGUGAAGAUGCGUAUCAAAAUGCAGAACUCGUUUUUCUGGAUAUCCACAAUAUUCAUGUUAUGAGAGAAUCAUUACGAAAACUUAAGGAGAUUGUGUACCCUAACAUUGAGGAGACUCACUGGUUGUCUAACUUGGAAUCUACUCACUGGCUUGAACAUAUUAAGCUUAUUCUUGCAGGGGCUCUUAGGAUCGCUGACAAAGUAGAGUCAGGAAAGACGUCUGUGGUUGUGCACUGCAGCGACGGAUGGGACCGAACAGCUCAGCUAACUUCCCUUGCCAUGCUCAUGUUAGAUGGCUACUAUCGAAGCAUCCGAGGCUUUGAAGUCCUUGUGGAAAAAGAAUGGCUAAGCUUUGGACAUCGAUUUCAGCUUAGACUUGGCCAUGGAGAUAAGAACCACGCAGACGCAGACCGAUCACCUGUUUUUCUUCAGUUUAUUGACUGUGUCUGGCAAAUGACAAGACAGUUUCCUACAGCAUUUGAAUUCAAUGAAUAUUUUCUCAUCACCAUUUUGGACCAUCUAUAUAGCUGUUUAUUUGGAACAUUCCUCUGUAACAGCGAACAGCAGAGAGGAAAAGAGAAUCUUCCUAAAAGGACGGUGUCACUGUGGUCUUACAUAAACAGCCAGCUGGAAGACUUCACUAAUCCUCUCUAUGGGAGCUAUUCCAAUCAUGUCCUUUAUCCAGUAGCCAGCAUGCGCCACCUAGAGCUCUGGGUGGGAUAUUAUGUCAGGUGGAAUCCACGGAUGAAGCCGCAGGAGCCCAUUCACCACAGAUACAAAGAGCUUCUUGCUAAACGAGCGGAGCUCCAGAAGAAAGUAGAGGAACUACAGAGAGAGAUUUCCAACCGAUCAACCUCAUCCUCUGAGAGAGCCAGUUCUCCUGCACAGUGCGUCACUCCCGUCCAAACUGUCGUGUGAAAGGACCGUUCGAGAGGGGCCGUCGUUGCCAUGAACUCUGGAUCCCAGUGGCAGCUUUAGGAGCAUAAAGUCUUCUGAAGUUAGAACCCACCUGUGAGAGAAAUUCAGUUGCUUUAUUUAUUGUGAAUCUCUCCAGGAUGGGUUUGGAACUGUAGCAGUGCAGGUGGCAUAAGUGAAAUAACCCCAUAUGUAAUUACGUGAUUACGACACUAAUCUCCUAAGUCACCCAAAGAAUAUUAAGAUGCUUCCAUACCGGAUCCACAGUGCGAACAAGUUUGAUUUUAAAAUCAAACUACAAACCACUCCAGAAAUAUACCUCUUGAUGGAAGAGAACUCACUGGACAGAGGGAAGGAGCAUCAGUUUUCACACCAAACCAACACUGAAAUUCUGUGGCAUUAUAUAUAUUGAGCCUCGAUGUCACGAAAGUUCAAAAUCAUUGGAUACACCUUUCCCCAUCAUGGGUUUUUCUUUUUUUGUAGUAGAGUGAUUUACUUUGGUCACCUUUCUGCACCCACACGCUUCACAUAUGGUAUGGCAAAGUCUUGAGGACAUUAUGAUGUUAGUAGUAGUUGAAAACUAUUGCUGUUGUUAUUCACGUACUUAAGAUGUGUUAGGUAGCCGUUCCAAAAUGAUGCCUUAGAGAGGUGCUUGGGUGGGGGGAGCGGGAUGGAGAAGAGAAAGCAGUAGCCGUCCAGGAUUUCAAAGAAUCAUAUGCCCUUCGGAUUACUUUCCAUUGCCCAACUACUAGAAAAAUAAUGGAACAUAUUUUACAAGUUCAUUAUCACUUUAUUUCAUUUACAUUUUUGUGUGUGUGUCUGAAUAUAGAAGUUAAUUGGUAAGUUGUGAGGCAAUAUUUUAUAAGUUUACUAGGAUUGACUUUUUUCCCCUGAAGUCUGUAUAAAUAGCUUACGGGUGAGAAGUACUACGCUCAAAUUUUACAUGAAAUUAUUUUACUACUUUACUUUGCAAAUUCUGUAAUUCCACUGAAAGAUUAAGUCUACCAAAGAGCUUACUGCAUGUCAAAACAUAUUACAGUCUCAAUGCCAGUAAAGGAAAUACUGCUUCACUGUUCACCUGCCAGUAACAGUUCAGCACUGGUGUAAACAUUUGACUCCCUGAUAUCCUAAGAGCCAUAUGUUAUGUAUUGUAACAAAGGAGCUUCUUCUUGGGUCUUUCAUUAAAAGAAAACUUCAGCUGAC